AUGGGUGAGCAUUUGGUGGUGAAAGAUGAGGACCGGGUCCGGGUUGGGAACGCAGAUGCAUCAUCAUCAGGGGAACCGAUUGAAAAUGGGAAGAAGGCAACCGAAGUAGUGGAAGGAACCGGAGCUUCUUCUUCGAAGACGAUGAAGGAAAAGGAAUUGGCUGUUGAGGAAGAAGAAGAAGGGAAUGAGGAGGUGCCGUUAAUUGGGGAUGCAGAGUGCCGUAUUUGUCAAGAUGAAGAUACUUUGAAUAAUUUGGAGAGUCCUUGUGCUUGUUGUGGAAGUCUCAAGUAUGCACAUCGAAAGUGUGUUCAACACUGGUGCAACGAGAAGGGUGAUAUUACUUGUGAGAUUUGCCAUCAGCAAUACCAGCCUGGUUACACUGCCCCUCCUCGAUCUCGGUCGGAGGAUACAAUUAUAGAUAUUGGGGGAGGAUGGCAAAUUGCUGGCACACCUCUGGAAUUACACGAUCCUCGCCUUUUGGCAAUUAGAGAGGCUGAACGCCAACUUUUGGAAGCUGAAUAUGAUGAUUAUAAUGCUACAAAUGCAAGUGGUGUUGCGUUCUGCCGUUCUGCUGCUCUAAUUUUAAUGGCUUUUCUGCUCUUGCGACAUGCAUUACCUGUAGCAGAUGCAGAUGGAGAUGACGAAGAUCCCUCUGCUUUCUUCUCUCUUUUCUUGCUUCGGUUAAUUGGCUUUCUUUUACCUUGCUACAUCAUGGUCUGGGCCAUCAGCAUUUUGCAGCAGCGCAGACAAAGAGAGGAGGCAGCAGCAUUAGCAACAGCACAAUUUGCAUUUGUGGUACAAUCUGGGCAGCCAACAGGUGUACAGUUUGCCAUGGCAUCAGCUACACCAUCUGUCCCUGCAUCAACGAACUCUUCGUCUGUGCCUGCACCAAUGGAUCGGGUUUAAUAUUGUCACAUGCGAGUAUUGGUUCCUGCAUUGACGAGCCUCGUUUCUUAAACGUAGAUGCUGCGUCGUUUUGUAAGUAGUAUUGUGGAUAUAAUAGCAGCAUCUCAUGUCAUUUCAAGAACCAACAAUUUUACCAAGCUCUAUAUUAAAAUUCUUUUGAUCUUGGUAUGUAUGUAUGACAUUUAGUAACCAUUUUUCACAUCUGGUUGAGACCAGUUUUGUAUCAU